GCAGAAUUAAGUAAACCAUUGAAUAUAUUUUGUAAAAUAUUUAAAAGAAAUCAGAUUGCAACAGAAAAAUUUCGGAUUGUGCAAGUGGUCCUUCAUUUAUUAUUUUUGUUUGUAAAGUUUUUGUCUUCUAUAUAAUUUGAUAUUUAUCAUAAAAACCGUUGAACGCGAUUGAAAAAGGAGCAUGCAAAAAUGGAUUUACAAGUUUAUGCAAUUAUUUUGAUCGUUUUUUUGGUAUCAUUCGCAUCAUACCUGUUCAUUUCCAAGUUUUUACCUCACGGAAAGACAUUUGAUGAAAUGAUUGCCGAAAAGAAGCGAAUGAGAGAAGAAGUUUUGGGAACAUUGAAAACAUCCAAUUCAAAGCAUGGCAGUUCCAGCACCAAAAAGAAGCCUAAGAAAGAGUUUAAAAAGCGUGAUAUACAAUCAAAGGCUAUUAAGGAAGUAACUAGUAAUGAGUCAGACGUGUCAGAAUCUUCUGAAACAAAUGUUGCAAUGACUACAGUGCGUGUGUCGCCAGAAAUCUCUCGUAAAUGCGUCCCGAAGCAACAAAUUGUUGUUCAGCAGCAGAACACAAAAAGGACCAAGGGAAAAACUGGAAUUCUUGUAAAUAAGAAUGAACCAGUAUUAGUUAAAGAGACUGAAAUUAGCGAAGAAAUAAAUCAUUUCGAGGAAAUACAUCCAAAAGAUGCAAUUGAAAUUCAGCGAUCGUCAGAAGAAAAGCAUUCAAAAAAUAUCCGUAAAAAUAAGCCCGCUAAGGAAACUCCACCAGUUUCUCCAAAAAAUCAGCCUGAUGUAGAAGAGAAGAAUGUAACUAAGAAAAAGAAAUCCGAGCAAAUGUCGGUUGUUGAUGGUAAAACAGUUCAACUAGUAGUAACUGAUGAAACUGGAAUAAAACCAUUAAUUCGCGAAUUAAGUCGUGCAGAUUUAACAAAAAAUCAAAUUCAAGUUUUGAUUGAUUUUCUCUUGAAUAAGCAAUCCGAUACAAUCACAAAAGACCCCACAGAAUGGUCUGAGGGGAAAUCAGAUGUUCUACAAAAGUUAAAGAAGCAACUUCAAGAGAAGGAAGCACAAUUAAAGAAUGAACAGGAUGCAUUAUUUGGCAUGCAAAUUAAGUUAAAAGAGCUUCGUACUGAGUUAAAUAGCGAGAAAAUUCAAUUUAAUGCUAACUUAAAAUCUUAUGUGGAACAAAUUCAAAACUAUAAAUCAGAGACCAAGACUUUACAGUCUGAAAUUCAGUUUUUGAUUGAAAAGCAUAACAAUGAGAAGCAAACAAUGACAGUCUCAUUUAAACAGCUUCAAUCAAAAUAUUCGCAAGUUCAAGAAAGCUUGAAAGCACAGGAAAGCUCUGUAAAUAUCCAGCAGGUUCAAAAUGAAAAUCAACUUUUACAGCAAGAAAUCGCCAAUAAGAACAAAAAAGUAACAGAACUGAAUGCAUUGGUUGAUGAACAAUGUCAAAAAGAAGAAAAACUCAAUUUGAAGUUAAAUGAAUAUGAUAGGAAAAUUGUAGAAUAUGAAAACUGUAUGAGAAAGAAAGAUGAAAGCUUAAAAGUGAUUGAAAAUGAACUAAGGCAACGUCUUCAAGAUAAUACAACACGCGAAAGUGAAAAUAAAAAAUUAAAUGCUGAAAUGUCCCGUGUUCAAGAAAUGGUCCAACGACAGACAACUGAAAUAGAUCAGCUUAAAUAUCAACUUAAUGAGCAACGUCAAAAUAUUAAUCAUGCGGAUGAAAGUAAUAAGAUUGAAAUUAAAAACCUUCAAAAUGAACUGGAUUCAAGAAAUAAGGAAUUGGAUGUUAACAAGGCAUUCGUUAAUGACUACAAAAAAAAAUUGGACGAUCUGAAUAAACAAUUAGUAGACUCAAAGCAGUUAGCUCAUAAAAGUGGUGAUAACUUUUUAUUGAAUGAAAAAAUAAGCGAAAUUAUGGCAAAUCAUCAAUCUAUCAUGAGUGAAAAAGACAGACAAAUCAUAGACUAUCAAAAACAAAUUGAGGAACUUAAGCAAACAGAAAGUGAUCUUUCUGUUCAAAUAGAGGAGCAAAAAGUAAAAAACAAUGAUUUGAGAACGAAAAAUUGGAAGUUGGUUGAAGCUCUUCAAGUGGCACAAAGCAAGAUGACUAAAUCAUCAAAUAACUCCAAUUUUGUUACUGAACAGACUGUGGAUGUUUCCAAAGUAAAAGAUCUUAUUAUGAAAUAUUUUCCAAACACUAUAGUAUCUUCAAAUGAUGACACAAACUGGUUAGAGAUUGUAUUAGAGAAUCUUAAAUUGCAACUAGCUAGCAAUAAAACAAACCUCAACAGUAACACCUCUUCAGACUUCAAUCAUUUAAAUAAUUGCAGCGAUUUAGAGAAAAAUAAAUUGAAUAGUAACAUAGUAAAUUUGAAUGGCGAUACCAAUUUGCCACCUUCUAAAGCCGAUAAUGAAAUGAUUCUCUUUCAAAAUGCUCAACUUAAAACUACAUUGGACGAAUAUAAAAAUAUCAUUGCUGAAACAGAAAGUAUGCUUAAAAAUCUUGAAUCGAAGGUACGCGAACAAGACGCAUAUUGGACAAAAGUUGUCCUAAUGAAAGACAACGAAAUAGAAAAUUUAAAAUUCCGUGCCGAGCAAUCAUGAGCAGAGCUUUUGAAUCACUCCUAAAUAUCUCCUACAACUUAAUAAGAUAAUAAAUACCUACAUAAAUUUUAAAAAUAUAAAGAGAACUAUCGUGUCACAGCAGGAACUGCCCUUUUGUGUAACUAAUUUCCAUUAUUUGAGAUAAAUCAAGAAGCUAUCAUUUGCUUAUGUUUUUCAAACAUUCAUUAUAUGUGACAGAUCUUAGUGUCGAAAAACAGACUUAGUGUAAUAUACGAAAACUUUGCUAAUUCAUGUAAAAUCAAUUUAUUCUAAGAGUAGCAAAGAUGCUAAAGUUACAAAUACUCAAAAACAAAACUGAUAAGGAG